AAUAUUUUAUCAAAUAUUUAGGCAAAGAUGGAAAAGAAGCAACUUCAGUUACGAAUUACGAUGCUUUUGGUGCUCACUGUUACUGCUCAGACAUACUGAAAAACCUUCACAGACUUGACAAUACCUGGAGGAAACUUGAUGUUCUUUGCUCUUUGAUUUUCAGCUCAGAAACUUGCCAAGAACUAUCUCCCGCUAGAUCUUACCAAGCUUAGCCAAGUAAUUGCUAUGAAGAUGAGAUCUUAUUCGGAUAAAAACACGAUGUCUGAAACCGAUAUUGGAUCAACCGAUUCACCUUUUUCUUGGCUUUAUCAUUACAACCUCACAUCCAAACCUGGCUUAAGUUCUCUGCAUCGACGCCAUGAACCUGGUCUUGUUGUUUCUCCGAUUCAAACCAUUUGUCCCACAGCUGAAUCAGGGAACAAAAAUGAUAGGGAGACUAAAGCCGCACAGGUGAGGAAACAGAAAUCUUCUUUGACGGGCUCUAGUCAAAUAUCACCCAAGGUUCUGGGGCCAAAGCAGUCCAUGAAGAAACCCUCUGUUCCAAAGAAGGCGAAGGGACCGAACAUUCCGGAAGCCAAACGUGAGAAGAAUAAUCUCAAUUUCGAUCUUGAUGAAAAAAAGUUUGAUUUCUCCAGGGUGCCUUCCCCCAUUUGCUCUUGUACAGGUGUUGCAAGAGUGUGCUACAAGUGGGGUGCUAGCGGUUGGCAAUCUUCAUGUUGUACCAUUAAUAUAUCAGAAUGUCCUCUUCCCAUGAGUCCCACCAGGCCCGGUGCUCGUGUGGCCGGGAGAAAAAUGAGCAAUGGGGCAUAUUUCAAACUUCUACUGAGACUUGCAGCUGAAGGUUAUGAUCUUUCGCGUCCUGUUGACUUGAAAGACCACUGGGCCAGGCAUGGCACAAACAAGUUCGUUACGAUCAAAUAGAGAUGUAGAUGGCUGGUAGCUGGGCAUGAUAUUUAGUAGUUUCAAAUAUAUAUAUGUGUGUGUUUUCUAGUUUGAAUGUAAUUUAUUACUUUCACGGAAAACAUGAAUUCUGAAAAUAUAUGUAGCCAAGUAUUAAGUGCUCUGUUCAUCUGAGUUA